AUGUGGUUAUUGGGAGCCAGGGGUUGUGCCACGCUUCGGUGGGGGGAGUGUGACACGGAGGGGGAGCCAAGUGAGGGCAAGAAUCGUAGCAGAACAUUUCAGCUGAAUGAUCACACGACCUGUGGACAACAACAACGGCACAACUCCCCACCCCCUUCCCCUUCCCACUCACCCUCCCCUUCUCACUCCCCCUCCCCUUCUCAUUCCCCCUCCCCUUCUCACUCCCCCUCCCCUUCACAGUCCCCCUCCCCUUCUCACUCCCCCUCCCCUUCACAGUCCCCCUCAGCUUCCCAGUCCCCAUCAUCUUCCCAGUCCACCUCAUCUUCCAAGGCCCCCUCAUCUUCCCUGGCCCACUCCACUUUCCAUUCCCCUUCUCACCACACCUCUCCAUCUCUUUCUGGGACCCCUUCUCCUCCUUCCCAUACCCCUUCUCCUUCAUCUUCGUCAUCCCCAUCUGAACCCCCCUCACCCUCUAUUGCCUUACAUUUCUCUCCACCCCCCUCGCCCUCGCAAUCAGACCCCCCCUCUGAAAUUGUUGCUCCAAUCCAGCCUCCUUCCCCAAUCCCUCCUCCUUCCCCAAUCCCUCCUCCUUCCCCAAUCCAUCCUCCUUCCCCAAUCCCUCCUCCUUCCCCAAUCCCUCCUCCUUUCACCAUCCCUCAGCCGGCUUCACCGAUCAUGCCAAGCUCACCACCCAGUGAAUGGGCACAGGAAGCCCCUGACGAACAUUCCGGGAGUCAGGAUGUUGCCGUGGAAAAUGUUGCCGUUGGAGAUCCAACAUCCUUGCAGGAUAUAGUUUGCAGUAUGAGGCGCCAUCUCCAGGCCUUGGUGGGGCUUUUGGACGCCAUGCAAAAAUUUUGUUAAUUUUAUGAUUAUAAUUAAAAAUAUUAUAAAAAAUGAUAAUAUCAGUAUUCCACUUUUAAAAAAAAAUAAACUAAUAA